CAUUAUCAUCAAAUUUUGUAGCCAACAUUUUUGCAUUAAAAUAUUACAUGAUAAUCAUGGCUUGCUGCUCAUGUCUCUUUGUGGAUCAACGCAACCCCCCAUUACCACCCACACCAUCAUCAAAAUCUUCACAAAUCACAAAACUCCCCUCUCUCCCUUCCCUUCUCUCCCUCCCUUCCUCCAAAACUCAUGGAAUCCUCUCCCAUUGAACGCCUUGACUUUGGGAAGAUGGGAUAUGGGUGCAAGCAUUACAGGAGAAGAUGCAGGAUUCGAGCACCCUGUUGCAAUGAAGUUUACUCAUGCCGUCAUUGUCAUAACGACGCAACGAGCAUGCUGAGCAACCCUUUUGAUCGCCACGAGCUUGAACGCCAGGAGGUUGAACAAGUUGUUUGUUCAGUUUGUGACACAGAACAGCCAGCUGCUCAAGUUUGCACAAACUGUGGUGUCAGAAUGGGAGAGUAUUUCUGUGACAUCUGCAAAUUCUUUGAUGAUGAUAUAGGGAAACAGCAGUUUCAUUGUGAUGAUUGUGGGAUCUGCAGAGUUGGUGGACGUGAGAACUAUUUCCACUGCAAGAAGUGCGGGUCUUGCUAUUCAGUUAAUCUGCGCGGUAAUCAUUCAUGUGUGGAGAACUCCAUGAGGCAUCAUUGUCCCAUUUGUUAUGAGUAUCUUUUUGACUCAUUGAAAGACACUAUUGUCAUGAAAUGUGGUCACACAAUGCAUUGUGAUUGUUACCAAGAGAUGAUAAAGCGUGACAAGUGCUGUUGCCCCAUAUGCUCCAAGUCGGUAAUUGACAUGUCUAGGAGAUGGAAGAGAAUUGAUGAAGAGAUUGAAGCAACUGUCAUGCCUGAUGAUUAUCGGUAUAGAAAGGUUUGGAUACUCUGCAAUGACUGCAAUGACACAACCGAAGUUUACUUCCACAUCAUUGGGCAUAAAUGCGGUCACUGCAGUUCGUAUAAUACUCGUGCUAUUGCUCCUCCUGUUCUUCCUCAAUGACCAGAUUCUUGCUGCUCAGGAAACAGAUCUUGCAAGGCAGUCAAUUUAAGUUUUUACUCUAUUAUUAUAGAGCCUUUUUUAACUCAUCAUCAAAAUUGAUGGUAUAUCACUAUAUUGUGCCUUUGAAACUUUUCAUAGAUUAUUCUUCCUCCAUCAAAUGGAGUGGUUAAUGUUUUUUGUGUUCGAGUCAUUAGACUGAAAUGAAAAUCUGUAUACUAUGUAAUAUAGGGGGAAAUGUUUAUUCAUGAGCCUCUGCUAAUUGUGUGUGCUAGUGAUGUAUUGUUAUUGGAAGAUGGAUUGACAUUGAAUUUAGUCAACACAAUUCAGUGAUUCCUUCCUUGCAUAA